UAGAAUCUAAUCAUUAAUAUUUAACAAUAUUUUUUUAGCUUGUGGGUUUGUAGGGUGGAGCCCAUACCACAGAGUAUUGGGGAUGUCUGGUUCUGUGCUCAAAUUAUUUCUAUUUUGUAUGUCAUAGCUGGGUUGGUUCUCUCCUCUUUAGACUGCCUGACAGUAUGAUGGUCAAUCAAGUUGGGGCAGAUUUUUGUUUUUGUUUUCCCUUGAGGGGUUCAAGAUUCUUUUUCGAUAGCUAUUGAUGCCUAGUUUUGGACCUUCUAGACACAAUUAAUACUAUUGUAUUUUUCUUAAGUUCUGGUUUUGAUGGAUAUGACUUUGUAUGUAAACUUGAAUGGUUCUGUUGGAUUCUCAGAGAUGUAACCUUUCUGUUUCUACCUAUCAUACUAAUAAAAGCAUUUUUAAAAGAUCAGAUUUUGAAGAACAACAGUCUCCAAGGGACACCGUCUGGAACCUGCCUGAGAGUGACGUUUCCUCUGGAUCUCACAAAGACCCGGCUACAGAUCCAAGGUGAAUCCGCUGUACAUCGCUAUGGAGAAGCUGCAAAAAGAACUAUCCCGUACCGUGGUAUGCUACGUACAGCAGUUGGGAUAAUUCAAGAGGAAGGCAUGCUAAAACUCUGGCAAGGAGCAACACCAGCUGUCUACAGGCAUAUAGUAUAUUCUGGAGUACGGAUGAUUACAUAUGAACAUCUUCGUGAUUCUGUGCUUGGCAGAGCUGAAGACAAGAGUUUUCCUUUAUGGAAAGCUGUAGUCGGGGCUAUGACAGCUGGUGCCAUUGGCCAGUUCUUUGCCAGUCCAACAGACCUGGUGAAGGUGCAGAUGCAAAUGGAAGGAAAGAGAAGAUUAGAAGGGAAACCAUUACGAUUCCGUGGGGUCCACCACGCAUUUUUGAAGAUCCUGUCUGAAGGAGGAAUAUGGGGCCUUUGGGCUGGCUGGGUGCCAAAUGUCCAACGGGCUGCUUUAGUUAAUAUGGGAGAUCUAACAACAUACGAUUCAGUUAAACACUUUCUACUCCUCAACACAUCAUUUCAGGACAACAUGAUCACCCACAGCAUUGCAAGUGGAUGUUCCGGCUUGGUAGCUGCUGUUUUGGGGACUCCUGCUGAUGUUAUCAAAACCCGAAUAAUGAAUCAACCAAGAGAUAAACAGGGAAGGGGUCUGCUGUAUAAGUCUUCCACUGACUGCUUGUGUCAGGCAAUUCAAAGUGAAGGUUUUAUGUCUCUCUACAAAGGUUUUGUACCAACGUGGAUGCGAAUGGCACCCUGGUCAUUGGUCUUUUGGCUCACCUAUGAACAAAUCAGAAGAAUCAGUGGAAUUAGUUCAUUUUAGGAAUGUAUAUUUUCUUAUUGUACAUUAUGUUAAGCCUUCAACAGAACUUUCAUGUGUAUAAGGCUCUGCAUGGAUGAUAGUUUUCAGAGAUUUGCAGCUUAAUCCUAAACAAAAGUAAGUUCAGUAAGACUGACUCAAUGGUAAAUACAAUAUGCACAGGACUGCAGCUUUAUAGGCAGUAUGUUGAGCUGUCAUUGUCUGCCCUACGCAGCUUCAUAUUUUCUAUUCUGUCAGGUCUUUAGUCAGCCCAGUUUGGGCAAAACAUCCUUUAAAUAUGAGCUAUUAGCUAAGAUUGUGAUUUGCAGCCGGUACUAUUUCAAGUAAAUUUAAAACUAAAACUGUAAUUGCUCUGAAAUGGCAGUCCUACUAAAGCCUAAUGGCCAAACAAUAACACACUGCAGACUAAGCCAUGGUCACCAAAAGUUGUUUCCUUCGUACAACAAUGAACUUUGAUGGAAAGACAGAAAGGGGUCUAUAACAAAAAAAGGUUAUACUAUUACUGAGGAAUGCUUCGUUGAUACAGUAUUAAAUUUACAUGGACUUGUUAGAAGAAAGUGUA